CCGCCCCCCAGCCCGCUCUACUGCCGACUUCCGCGCAGGUCCCUCGUGCCGCUGAUAGUUCGUGGGAGGUGUUUGUCCUGAAAGCCCCCAAGUGAUGCCCGAUUUGUCCCUUUAAAGGCACCGCGAGACGCCCGGUCGAGUCUAACGAGGGGUCCUCCGUGGUCUCCGAGUCUGCGCUACAAGCAACCCACAGAAGAAGAAACCCACAGCAACCCCUCACUCCCCCCAUUCGCCCCCCUCUGUGUCGCUAUCAGUGGCAGAUGGAUGCCAGAUGGACACUUUUGGUCGCUGGGAUUCCCAGAACUCUUUGCCCGCCCCUCUUUUAUCCGAAAGCCGACACGACGUGGGUCAGAAGCGUCGUAUAACGGGAGCAGGCGGAGGAGGCCGCUUUGCCAGGAAUGAAGCCCACCACGCAGAAGGGGUGAAGAUCCUGGAGGACUGCACGGGAUGGGCAACACAAGCAAGAAUAAGCCCGGCCAGAAGAUGGCAAUUUUCGGUGCCAUCUUCCUUGUGAUGACGCUCCUCAUCCUCUACAGCUCCAACAGUGGCAAUGAAAGCUUCCGCUACAUCCCGCUGAAGGGCGCCCUGGGCUAUCACCUCCAUGGCCGCACAUCCAAUCUAAAGCAGUGGGCAGAUGGCAAUGGCUACCUUCCGGUCUAUGGAAACAAGACGAUGCAGCUCCAUUGUGGGCGAUGUGCGCUGGUGACGAGCUCAAGCCACCUGCUAAGCAGCAACAUGGGCCCGAAGAUCGACCAGGCGGAGUGCGUGAUCCGCAUGAACGACGCGCCCACGACGGGCUACGAGAAGGACGUGGGCAAUCGCAGCACUGUGCGUGUCGUGGCGCACUCCAGCGUUUACCGCGUCAUCCGACGGCCCCAGGAAUUUCUCAACAAAACGCCUGAUGCCAUCCUUAUCUUCUGGGGACCCCCCUCCAAGAUUGGCCGGGAAGCCAAGGGCACCCUCUUCAGGCUCCUGCAGAAGGUUGGCAUGGCCUUUCCAAACCUGUCGGCCUUCAUCGUGGCCCCCACGAGAAUGCAGCGCUUCGACGAGCUCUUCCACAAGGAGACGGGCCGAGACAGGGAGAAGUCGCGCUCCUGGCUCAGCACGGGCUGGUUCACCAUGGUGAUCGCCAUCGAGUUGUGUGACAGCAUUCAAGUCUACGGGAUGGUGCCGCCCUACUACUGCAGCUCCAGGCCACAGCCCAAGAAGCGGCCCUACCACUACUACGAGCCCAAGGGGCCUGACGAAUGUACCACCUACAUCCAGAACGAGCGAGGGCGCCGGGGCAAUCACCACCGCUUUAUCACCGAGAAGCAGGUGUUUGCUCGCUGGGCCAAGCUCUACAACAUCACCUUCUCCAACCCUCGGUGGUGAGUGCCAAGACGGACUGAAUCCCAGUGCCCUGGGAAGGGGGCAUCUCCCUGAGGUGAAGUGCCAGGAAGGCCUCACUGUGCUGUCCUGUCCAGCUCUUGAUGAACCACGACUGCCAGAAAGGUGCCAGCCUGAAGAAGCGGCAAGAGAUGUGCUCGACAGCAUGGGGCGGUCCAGCCGAAGGGCUACCGUGUGCUGUCACACAGCUGAGGACCAAGUGUGCCCGAGCGUGUUCUUGCUGUUUGGAAGGGUGCUGCCACUCGCCAUCUUUUCAGUCCAUGCCACAGGUGACGGGUCUGGCCACUUUAGGGAAGACUACGUGUUCUGCAAAAUGCCACUGCACAUCAUGACAUGUCACAGCACACCCCUGAUUGUUUUGCUACACACUGAAUGAGAACAAGCUGGCGCACAAGUCCUGUGUGCUGGCACACUUUUAGGGGCUCAUGGUAGUGUGGCCUUUUGUCUGCAUGUCACUCCCGGGUGAAGGGCGUCACUGUGUCACAACACCUAAAUGAAGACCACGACCAAGGGUGUGCCAGCAGAGCUGCGCGACAUCACUCGUGAGCCAGGCCACUAGAGGCGGCCAGGGCAGUGAACGCUGUGUGGGGUCGAGCCUCCGUAAAGCCCGCCAUUUCACCACCCACUCAUCCCUCUAGGGGUCCUGUCCUGAUGUCCAUUUAGUUUUAUAUAGCGCCCCUUCACCAGCCCUGCGUAGAUGAUCAAUUAACUGAAUGAUAUCUGACAGGACCGUCACUGCCAAAUAUGCUUGAGGCCAGUUGGGGACAUUGGGGGGGAAAGAGGAGCAGCAGGGGGAGGCUGACAUUCAUGGAGUCCAGCCUGAAGUGCAAGGGUGGGCAGCGCAGCCCCUCAGUGCUGGCGUGAACCACAGACAUGGCAGGACAGACAGACAGGGUCCUUAUUUUCACGUGGACAGACUACUGACAUCUGCUGAUCUGUCAUUAUCACAAAAACCAAACGACAGGCAAAGAGCAGGCGAGCGCAGGACCCCAUCAGUGACAAACAUCACAGAAAUGAAAACAAGUGAAAGUGACAAGAAUCACCAGGGGGGACACAGCAGAGGUAAAGGGCCACAAGGCUGGGGCAGCAGGGCGGCCAUCAGAGCCCCACUCCUCAUGUAUGUAAUUAGGGUGGCAUGAGGAGUAAAUAGGAAUGGCUGGAGGUGGAGCUUUACAUACAGCCAAUGGAAGGCCUUGGAGGGCGGGGCUUCAGACAAGGGUAGGAUAGGAGUGUCCAGGGGGCAAAGGUUUGGAUGCAAAUUGGGGGAGCCAGGAGUCAAUAUUGGGCAGGGGCUUACACAGGGAUAGGGUGCCAGCGGUAAAUAAUAAUCUAAAGUGGGGGGCCCUCAUGCCCAGACCAAAAGUAAAUAUCAGAAUAAAGGAAGGCCUGGGGAGGGGCUUCAGACAAGAUGGGAGGGGUCAGGGCAAGAGGUGAACAGCUGGCCAUAGGGUGACCUGGGGGAGGAGUCUGAGCAACAGAUGGGUGGGGCCAGAGGUGAAUAGCUGGCCACAGGGUGACUUGGGGGAGGGGCCACAUCAACAGAUGGGCGGGGACAAGGUUGGGUUGGGGUGGAGCUCAGGCCCAUUUCUGACAGUCUCUGAUGGGCAGCAGGGCAGGAAUCCAGAAGGCCACAGGUGCAAAUGUGAAAGGCGCUAUAUGACCUGCUGAAUAGUAGGCUGCUGCCUGAACUGCCAGUUUAUCUUCUGAGCCAACAGAGUUCUGGCACGGCUGCUGCUACAAGAAAUGCACCUGAAAGUAUUCAAUCACACUGGCCACGCUUUCAUGGCACACAUGCUGUCCUUCAGUGUGCCCACUAUUUGGCUGGUGAUGAGAAAAGGCCUUGUGGUGUACGCAAUUACUACUCUGUAUAUAGUGCCUUGAUCGCCAUUUCCUUUACUGGUAUUCUUCCCAGAAGAGCGGGCACAGGUGGGCUUUGUGUUGGGAGGUGGGAUUGCUCUCACAGAAUGCCAGCUGAUUUUCUUCAGCUCAUUAACAUAUGAAUUCCUCAGAACUUUGGCGGAUUGUGACGGCCAUCCCAGAAAGUCCAGCAGCCUCCUCACAUGUUGAGCACAUUAAAGAACAGGCGGCUGGUGCAGGGGUCCAGGACCCCCGACACAUUCUGUCAUUCAGACCCUUUUUCUUCUUGAGUUUUCUGGCCUAUCCAUGCCGUCCGACUGUCCAACCUCCUCAAGUGUCCAAAACUGCACAAGCAUUUGGCCUGAAGGGUGAAGCAGACAAAAAGCUGGUGGUGGCACCGCUGCAGGGUCCCUUUACAGGUCAAAGUUCAUACACGAAUGCCAACAGAGCAGCGACAACAUGCGAGUGCCAGCCCAUCUUCAUGUCUACUGACUUCACUCUGCUGUUCAUGUCACUGUCCUCAAGCUCGCUACCGGUCGCCACAAAGCCAUUAAUUACACGGGGCAGUGGUGGUCAUUCAAGAGGGCAUGGCUGACUUCUUUGAUUGGCCACUGAAGACUUCUCAUGCGAAAAACAAAAGCGCACACUUGCCAGUCCACCAGUUGGGCCAAUAGGGUCAUGGUGGCAGAAGUGACCACUGUCCCAGGUUUCCCUUACUUGUCACUCGCUGGUGGGCGAGCCUCUCACCAAACAGCAAGGAGCACACGGUGGGCGCCAACACUGCCAAUAAUGGGGACUUGCAUAGAAUGGUCGCUAGCAAUGCCCGCCUGCCUGCCUGCCUGCCCGCUCUCUCCGCUCAGGAUGAGGGGGCAUUUUGUACUUUUGUGAUUUAUUGAGGGUGACUGACGCUGUGUCUUUUCAUGCGCUUUAUUUUGUAGUUGUUUUCUAACGAGUUUAUGUACCUCGGCGGCUCAGCGUGCCCAGUCUGCCUUUGUUAUUCGUCCAGUGGCGGCUUCAUGACGUGGGCUGUGAGACUCAAUAAAGCCACCUGAGGCUUCCACCA